AUGGCAGUAUUCAGCAGGCUUGAAGCCCAUGUGGUCGUCAAUGGGAAACACGCCAAAGAGUACAAUGACAGCGACGCAGAACCAGAACCGAACUCGACCCCGAGCGUCUCAACAUACAUCGAAGCCGUGCCUGGUGCUUUUUACGGCUUCCGGUUCUGGAUCAGAGCAGGCUACGACGCGCGAAAGGAGAACAUCAUUGCAGCCUCUGUGUUUGUGGAUGGCCAGUUGGUCGCCCAACCGUUCAUCGGUGUCAAGAAGUUGCACCCAGCCAACUCGCAUUCGAGGUGCGUCCAGACUACUAGAGAUUGCUUCAGUGUCACGGCGCUUUGCGAAGGCAAACAGGUUGAACAAAAGCUGCAAUUCAAGGAAAUCGAACUCUGUACAACCCCCCUUGACCCUUAUCUGCCCAGAACUAACACACUGACAGGCACAUCAGCCGCGGUUUCAGGCAUCAACGCCGCAGAGAAGAUGGAUUACGGUGAGCUUGGGACAUUUCGCAUUGAAUUCUGGCGCGCAAUUCAGCAACACCGCAUGACCGCGGUUUCCUUUCCGAAGACCAAUACUGGUAACGCGAUACCCGAGAAGGCUCUGAAGGGCAAGUCGCUUGAUGUCAACACAGGGUUCGAUCAUGCAACAAUCCUGAAGAACUACAUGGGAUUACUGACCUUUACAGCUUCGUUCCCGAUCCUGAAAUUCCAGUCACAGAUUUCUUCCAUGCCAAAUACCUCGAUGCAGCUCCAGUUGUAG